GAUGAGACAAAAAUUGUUCAACCAACACUUGAGGCUGAAUUGAUCCAAAUUGUCACGGCCUCGCCUCCGUUCCCUUCGCCUGGGAGGCCAACACGUCAUCUUGCCGCUCGAUGUUUUCGCCUCUUGUUUUCGAAAGGGGAGACAAGGCGCCUCUUUGACACACUGAGGAUAUUGGCGCGUCCUCUCAAUGAUGCUUCCAAGGCCGCAGAUCUGCGUGCUAAAAUAUCAUCGAUCAGUAUCAUGGGUGAUCUGAUGAAGAGUUUUGGGUCGUCUGUGAUGUCUUUUAUGGGGGAACUUACUUUAACGUCCUUAAAAAUUGCCAAAUAUUCCAGCAAUUCCGUUCAAUUUAGAUUCCAGGCAUUGACUGCGUUGCAGAAAUCAUUAGAAACUGCCUCGCGAGCGGUAACUGAUGCAACCGCUAAGGAUAUUAUUAAGACGGCUAGGUCUGGAUUAUCCGAUAAGGCAUUGCCCAUUCAAAGGGUGUCAGCGGAUAUAUUGCGUGUCAUGUACAAACAUGGUAUGGCUGGUAUUUCCAUCCCUGAAAUCGAAUCGCUGGUGUCGCUGUGCAUCAAGAGCCUGGAAAUCUCCGAUCAAAUCACCAGACGGGCGUUUGCAGAUCUCGUUGCCCAAGUUCUUGCGUAUACGCAGACAGAAGAGGCGUCGUUGCAAUCAGACCAUAAAAAAGGAGGGAAGAAGGAUCAGGGAGCGGGGACGGGAGAAGAGGUGGAUGCCAAGCCCCCUUCCGAAGGAGCCGGUAAGACAAUCAUGUCUUUGGCGGAUAUGCUCCAAGUUCUCUCGACACCGUUUAAUAAGCCAGCAACGCCUCGAAAGACCAGAAUAGGGAUUAUAGACUUCUAUUCUGUCCUUUUCAGCACGCUUGGAUCAUCGUCCGUUGAGAACAACUACGCGAGCAUCGUGCGGCAUUUGAUGAACGAGAUCGUCUCUUACCCUCGGGUCCCUACAACGCGGUAUGAGCGUCUUCUUUUCCGGAAGCUCGUCGGCAUUCUUCUUCGUGAGGUCAUCGGUGUGCGUAUGUUGAGUGAGCAGGGUCAAAUUGGCGCGAUCACGGAAUUGUCAAACAGCUACUUGAAGAAAUGGCCUGCUCUGAUGCCGGGCCAAGUACCACCGUCGCCUCUCGUCUUGGUUGUUGCACUAAAUGAGGUAUCGGGUCUUCUGCAGCAACUGGGGAACGCGCCGCCGCCCGCACAAGAAGCGCUAGGAACACCGUUGAUUGAACUGCUUUCACACCCUAACCAUUCAACAACCGUUGCGGCAGCUUGGUGUCUCCGAUCGUUCUGCUAUUCUACUCCACUUCGGUUGGCUAAAAAUGUGCUUUCUGUGAUGGAAUUUUUGCAACGCGACAUAUCUACUCUAAGCACACCGAACGCUACCGUAGAUGUGCAUCAUCGUGCUCUAGGUCAUGCAUACGGUCUGGCAGCGUUGUUCUCCGUCAUACCGGAACGUCCUCUAUAUGUCUCUUACGAUUUGAGCGCGAAACUCCUCGACACAGCUAUCCAAUUGUUAAAAAAGGCGGGAGACCAUGAGCUUGCUGUGGCAGGUGUUGAAAUAGAGACAGCUUGGACCUGUAUUGCAUCUUUGAUGCCUCUCGGCCCUAACUUUCUUCGUUCUCAUCUCUCCCAGCUGCUCGUUUUGUGGAGAAAUGCAUUGCCAAAACCCACAAGUAAGGAUACAACGAACGGGGCGACGAGGAGCGCUGCUGAUUGGACAUUUUUGCUUCGGGUGCGGGAGGGCGCUUUGAGUGCGGCUCUUGCGUUCUUGACACACAACACUCCUUUAGUCACUUUGGAUGUUGCGCGGCGUUUGGCGACAUUGCUGUCCAAUGCCCUGCUGUUUUCAAACGCUUUCAUUUCUCAAUAUCGUGAAGAGUUACACGAUGGGCCACUUCCAACCCGGACCGAGCCUUCUCUGCCUACUAGAGAGGCCAUGCUGCGCCGGAGGAUAUUUCGGUGUUUCUCAAUCCUGGGAUUUGCCGGACUUUCCGAGUCCGUCCAACUCUCCCUUCUCCAAUCGGCAGUCACUCUCUUUGCCAGCCCCGAGGGUUUCUCAGGCUCCUCAGCGCAAGCCGCCAUUGCCACAUCCGCAGGAACAUUUUCGUCCCUUUGGCAAGUCUCGGAUGGGUAUGCUUAUGGCAUUUCCAGCGCGGAGCUGAAUCGUUUCCCGUCCCUCGGGGAGGGCGAGGACAGUAAUAGAUCUAAGAUAAAUCCUCUCAAUAGAGAUGCGGUUGAAGUUGCAAUUGAAAAUAUGAUUUCCAAACCAAUCAUUGGGUCAUUAGAGCACGACGUCCUUACUCUCUGCGUCGCGGGAAUGACCUCAGCUUCGUGCAUCGAACCACCACCGGCGUCGACGGGCGUCGUUGAUGCAUCAAUCGAAUUGUUUUCUCUCCUCCUGCCCAAUCAAACGGCAGAAGCCGCAGCUCGGAUCAUCCACCAGGUCAUUGAUGCCAUUCGUUCUCCGAAACUAGAUCGCAAUUCUGGGCGCAAGGCCGCUGUGCGAUUAAAUACGACCUUCGCGAUUUUGUGUGCGCUUCGUCGCGCAAUGCGCUCAAGUAUGCGUCAGGCACGGGAAGUUUUCGGCUCGCCGAAUGUAAGCUCGAUGAUUCUUGACUUCUUAAAGACGGCGAUUCUUGAUCCAGAUGUUGCUUUUCAACUUACCGCCAGCGAAGCAAUAGGACGAAUUGUAAGUUUGGGAGAAACUUCCCUCCUUUCACAUCAAGUAUCUUCACUGGUCGAUCAAGUCGUGAACAACCGCGACCCAAACAGCCGGGCCGGAUGCGCGUCGACUUUCGGAGCGAUAUAUCAGUAUGUGGGUGGUCUUGCAGCCGGUGCAUUGCUUAAGAAUACGGUCAAUGUCCUAAUGUCUUUGAGCAAUGAUCCUCAUCCGGUGGUUCACCACCGGGCAUUAUCCGCGCUGGGCCAGGUCAUCAAUGCAGCGAAUCUUAGUUAUUCUCAGUACAUACCGUCUACCCUUGGUAUGCUUCUAAAGCUCUAUGGCACGGAUUCGCACGAACCUGAAGGGGGAUCUUUGACAAGCGCCAACCUUCGAGGACAUCUUCCCACAUUCCAGACAAUGUGCUACGUCAUUGAUGCAGUGAUCGGUGUGCUCGGACCAGAAUUGCAGGAAUCCGCUCGAACACGCUCGCUCACUUUGGAUCUUGUGAAUGAAUUCUCCCAAGAACCCGACGAAGGCAUCAAGGUGGAAGCAAUCAUAUGUGUAAAACACUUGCUUAUAUUUGGCGAGGAUUUCAUGCAAGUGCCAGAACUAGUGGCUGAGUUCCGAAGAAACCUCGGCUCAUCUCGGGCUCCAUUGAAAUUAGCAUCAAUUGAUGCUCUCUAUGCUCUGGUUCAGAAGGACGCAUUUACGCUCUCUAAAGUCGGGGGUGAUCGCCUUGUGGAGGAUUUGUUCGGGAUGCUUGAUGACGAUUCCUCUAUUGAUGGUGUUCGGAAUGUCAUCACGAGCUGGACGCAGCAAACAGCUGUGCACAACCCCUCCGGAUGGAUUGACUUGUGUCAACGAAUAAUGUCCAAAACAAACGCGUUCCAACAAACAAUCGCUGGACAAAGCGGUCCCCCUACAAGUUCGCUCCACGACGACGAAGGAGAAUCGUUAAGUGGUGGGGUCUCCAAAGAGCAGCCACCCGUUGGCCAAGCCCGUGGAAGCACAUCGCGAUGGAGGACUCAGCUUUUCGCAUUGCAAUGCCUGCAUCUUAUUUGUCGAACGGUAGCAUCAUCAGGUCGACAAGAGCACCUAGAUCUUUUGUUCGCAAAGCAGCAGAAGAUUCCGCAAACCUCACUGUUGGUCUCCCGCAUAUCGGACCUCAUUAAGAUGGCAUUCACUGCGUCUGCAGCUUAUGUAACUGAGAUACGUCUAGAAGGCCUCGUUCUUCUUCGUGAUAUAAUUGAGAUUUUCGCCUCGGUCCCAGACCCCGACUAUGCGGAUACUCUUUUGCUGGAGCAGCAUCAGGCACCUAUCACGGCGGCCCUAACACCCGCGUUUUCAUCCGAUUCUACACCAGAGAUUCUUGCCUCGGCCAUCGAGGUAUGCGCCGUCUUUGUUGGUUGUGGUGUUGUGCGAGAAGUAGGACGCAUGGGCCGUAUUCUCAAGUUACUCACCUCGGCAUUAGAUCAAUGCAAAGAGGCUGAAACGUUAUCAAUUGGGGAUGCGCAAGAAUUAAGUCCAAACGCAUCAGUCAUGUUGAGAGUGUCCACGCUCACGGCUUGGGCGGAGUUACAGCAUGCUAGCAUAACGCAGGCAUAUUUAUCCGAUGUGCUGGAGCCUUACAGGCAGACUCUUGCCGGCCUGUGGCUGGCGUGCCUCCGUGAUUACGCCCGCAUUCGCGGUGACUCGGAAAUUCUUCAAGAAACUGUGUCUGAUUCGGCUGACGUCGUAUACGCGGGGUUGGGAAGAGAAGUGCUAUUACCUUACUACGAAGACUCGUGGACCAGGAUUUUAAGGGCCGUUGGUAUAGCGAUGAAAAGGCAAGAUCCCCAUAUCUUAGCUACUGUAGAUGGGAAAGCAACGACCGGCUCUGCGAAUCCAGACCCUUACAGCGGCAACGCGUAUUUUUUUAUUAUAUUUGGUCUUGUAUUUGAGCUUUUGGCAUCAAGUUCAAAUGGCUCUGCUUCAACACCUUCCAAGCAACUUGCGCUUCAUGCCGCUUUGGACACUCUUCCUGCUCUUGUUCGGCCAGAAUAUUGUGGGAUUGCGCUCUUCGAACCUCCCAUCUUCACAGAAUUCACGUCACUUUGCUAUCGGAUGAUGCUAACUGAACCAUCUAUUGUCCAACUACGCUUGAUUGAGACAAUCGUCUCUCUUGUUUCAACCCAUAGUGCCAAGUCUUUAUGGGGAAGCCAAACAGCGCCGCAUGAGUUCAAAGAUGAUGUGCCAUUGACACAUUGUUUGCGAAUCAUAACAUUUGCGGUCAGGAAUGCCAUCGCGAGCGCGAAUGGCUUAGCCUCUCAGGCUCAAAUUCUUGAAAGGAUUGCACUUAUUCGUGCUGGAUUUUCGGCGUUGUUGGUUGUCAGCAGGGCUUUUGGUUCACCCCUACAAGAGGAAGUCCGAUCCAUUUCAGUUCUGUUGUAUUCUCAUAUGCUCAAGAAUGAACAUGUGGAUAUUGAUCUCGUCGGUCCAACCCUCCCGGCCCUCAAGCAACUGUUGGACAUAUCGUUGCCGGAUCAAACGGAACAAGAUGGGAAAGCGUAUGGACGACUUAUUCACGCCUUAUUCUCAUCGUGCCUGCAGAACAUCGACGAGAUUGGGUCACGCCGGGGCGCGGUUCCAAACUUGAAAGUCAAGAAUAACAUGCUUGCUUCAGUCCUGAUAGUGACAGCUGUCCCUUCGGGAAUGAGGCUUAGCGGGGGAGCAGUGGAACAUCUCUGCUAUUCAAUUUCGCAGAAGAUUGUAGAAGCACAAGAGAGUACCCACACGGCCUUGCAUUGUGCCAAAACACUGAUCGCUGCGGCAGCUAUGGGGAACCAAACUUUUCAGAGCGUUGUCAAAUCAUUGAUCCCCGGUAUAAUUUCCUACAUAGCGGUUCUGGCAGGUCGAGAACGACUUGAUGCCAGUGAAACCAGCGAGGCGGAUGUACAGGAUGCCGACGAGUCUUUUAAGGCCCUCGCUAGCUUAUUUGGAUCGUUCCCCGAGGAAUUGCGGCCCAAGGCACUAGGUGUCUUUCUUCCAGUUUUGAUUCUCCUUUUGGAUCCCGAUCGCAGGCCUUCUAAUAUUUUGCACGCUAUGGCAGUUAAUCAGAUUCUUGCAUGGGCGACUUCAUCUCCGGCUGCUUUUAAAGACGCGACAAGUAAGCUGGAGAAAGGGGAUCGAGAGAUACUCGAGACCUCAGUCCGUCAGGCAGUGCAAGGCUUGCAGGGCUCCACAUCUGAUGCGUCCACAAAUCCUGUUGCUGUCAAACCCCAAAUAUCUCUGCGAAGCUUCUGAGAUCGUUUUAGGCAGGGCGCGAUCGUCCUGUAUAUGGAGGAAUGAUUUCAGGGUCAUUUGGGACUGGUGCAUAUAAGCAGUGGGACAGUCUGACUAAUAUGUUGUAUGUAAUAUGAGCUUGAAUGCCACAUGAUGCCUAC